UCAAGAACUAAAGCUCAGUGCUUAGGUACCUCCACUUCUUUCCUAGGGAUUUGCAGUUUGAAUUAUUAAAGCAAAUGGCGGCACAGCAAGCAGCGCGAAACACCGCAGUAACGGUGCUGGGCGGCGGAAUAAGUGGGCUGAGCACGGCCUACUACCUUGCACAGCGGCUGCCCUCAACGGCGAUGGUGACGCUGAUCGAGGGCUCGCAGCAUGUGGGCGGAUGGGUGCGGUCGGAGCGGCGACAGAUCGGCUCUGGGGUAUCGGCGCUGGCCGAAAAGGGGCCGCGGACACUGCGCACAGGCGAGUCGCGCGAGGCGCUGGCGGUGCUUGAGCUUGUAGACGAUCUGGAUCUGCGCGACUCGGUGGUGACGGCAUCGCGCGAGUCAGCCGCAGCGCAGAACCGGUACAUAUACUAUAACAGGCACCUGAACCGCAUGCCUACGGGUAUUGGGUCACUGGUAACGGGGGUUCCUGCGGCGGUGCGGUGCCUGGCGGGCGGAGUGUGGCAGGACCUGUUCACGCGCAAGAACACGCCCGAGGCCACGGACGAAUCGAUCCACGAGUUCAUCAGCCGGCGGUUCGGGCGCGCGGUGGACGACAACCUGGCGUCGGCGGUCAUGCAUGGGAUCUAUGCAGCUGAUACGAAGGACCUGAGCGCACGUGCGCUGCUGUACCCGUUCUGGCUGGCAGACCAGACAGGCAAGCACGGCGUGAUCCGCGGAUUGCGACGUGUAGCGAAGCUCUCGCGCGCACGGCAUGCGCGAUUUGCGCAGCGCGAUGCCGAGGAGCGUGUCGAGAUCGCGAAGCGGCGCGUGCAGAACCGUGGGUUCUGGGACAUGAUGGGCGAUGCCAGCAUGUAUUCGUUCGAAGGUGGGCUGCAGACGCUGACUGAUCGGCUCUUGGCGGAUCUGACUCAGCGCCCCAAUGUUGAGAUACUGCGCGGCACGCCCGCACAGCGCGUCAGGCUCACUGCUGAUAAUGCGAUGGCGGAGGUUGGGCUGGCAGACGGGCGUGUGGUGCGCUCGCAUCACGUGGUCAAUGCUCUGCCGCUGCCGCAGCUCAAGACGCUGUUCAGCGGUGCGUCGCCGGCGUUGGUCGAUGAGACGCCGUAUGCGAGUGUCUCUGUGGCCAACGUGACGUACGCCAAGCGCAGCAUUGCACCCAUCGACGGCUUCGGGUAUCUCGUGCCGCGCGCGUCUUCGCACGACUCGGCGGCUCUUGGCGUGGUGCUCGACUCGUGUGCGCUGCCACAGCAGGACGGCAACGAGGAGAUCUCGCGGCUCACGGUGAUGCUGGGCGGUGCGACGCGUGACUCGGCACAGCUCGAGCAGGAUGCGCUGGAGACGCUGCGGAAGCACCUGGGCAUAAGCGAGACGCCGGCGGACAUUGACAUCACGGUCGCACGCGAGUGCAUUCCGACGUAUACGGUCGGAUAUGUGGACCGGCUACGCGCAAUGCACGAGUGGGUGGCGGGGGUGAUGCAGGGGCGGAUGAGCGUCGUGGGCGCAGCGUAUGGCGGCCCGGCGGUGCCGCACUGUGUGCUGCAUGCACGUGACCUGGUACAGUCCUUGAACCUUAAUGCACUGACAGCGCAGCCGCUGGGCGUCACAGGGCUGGAGGAGAUCAUGCGCAGCUUCGAGUAAACCAUUUCUCUCUUUGAAAAAUACACAUUUUGUCC